AUGGCCCUUGCAUGCGCGGGCACACCUUUGCUGCUCGCCGCUUUGUUGAGCGUGUCUGCCGGAAACCAGUUCAGCGCUUUGGACCUGAUCAGCGCGCAGGUAUGGCUGGACAAGCACGUCUUCAACAACACUCUGGCUGCGGAGUCUUCUGCCCUCGGAUUUCAGCGCUUCGUCAUGCAGGAGUCAAAAGCAAGGGCGCAGGGCCUCCCCUGGCCUGUAGAUUGGCCCACGCUUUGCUUCCUGGGCCUGGGCCCUGCGUCCUCAGAUUUGUUCAUGGCGCUGACGCGCAUUCUGCCCGAGCUGCAGGUGGUCUUGAUCGAUGUGGAGCAGGGCGAGCACACAGCCGCCGUCGCCGAGCAGCUCGGGGUCGAGGAGCACCGCCUCGCGCACGCUUCGAUCCGCGACUUCGCGGAGGAGAGCGGCCCGGCGCGCCGACGAUGUGAUGCGGUGCAAUGGUCUCUGGACACGCCGUCAUUUUCCUUCUACAGGUAUAGAGAACUUUUCUACUCCACGCCCUUCGUCCUUUCGAUGCUCAACAUGCAGGGCUGCUACGCCCCCUGGGAGCUGAAGGGGAAGCCGACAGACAGAUACUAUUGCGAGUAUCUCUACGGGAACUUCAAGGCAACUCUCUGUGGGAAAGUGGACGAGAACAAUUUCUGGCGAGUCAACGGCCAGGAUUUGUAUUUUCCCACAAUCGAAGCUGGCUGUGGAGAACACAUCUGCAUGUGCCACGGUCACUCGGACACGUUCAUAGACUCCAAUCUCGAGCACCUUUGCCGGAAGGGAGAGGAGCCCUACUUCAUGGGCCAAUGGGGCCAGGACAGGUUCCUGGUGGAGAAUGUCUUUGGGAACUUGAAGGGUCCCGGGCUCUACGUCGACGUGGGAACCUCUCACCCUUUCCAUCUCUCCAACACUGCGUUUCUGGACAGCUGCCUCGGUUGGCGGGGUGUCUGCCUUGAGCCGAACCCACGGCUACACCACGUCCUGCGCGGUCUCCGGACCUGUUCUGUGGUGAACGCCUGCGCCUGGGCCAACGAGACCUCUUUCAAGUUCUCCAACGACAUGGAGCUCGCGGCGAGGACAAGCAUCGAGGACCUGAAGCCGAGCAGGCCCGGCGAGAUACCGGCGGACCUUCAUCCUUCGGAGACGUUCUUUGAGGCCCGGUGUGCGCCGUUGCACGACUUGCUCCAGGAAGGUUUGGUAUACGUCUUGCAACCCGAGGAGGUCCAUGCGGCGGCUUCUGGCGAGUGGAUGCCAAGGAUCGACCUUCUCUCUGUGGAUGCAGAGGGUGCAGAGCUCGAGAUUUUCAAAGACUUCCCCUUUGAGGCUUGGGACAUCCGCUGCAUCGUCAUCGAGACGAGCCGUCGUACGUCUAUGGCCAUCGACAGCCUGCUGUUGCCCUUGGGCUUCGUGAAGGUCGCCAUCCUGGGCAAGGACGCCGUGUACCUGAGCCAGUCGCAGAUGGCCCAUUUUCCCUCAGGCAGUCGCCUCCGACUCCCCGAGCGGAUCUUGUGGAAUGCGCCUGGCUCCGACUCGGACACGAUUGAGUACCGGCGCUUCCAGCGGAUGUUCGGCCUUGAUGGAGACCUCGAUGUGGAUGUCGGUGACCAGCGGCUUCUCAAUGUGUCUUGUCUCCAGCGAGCUGAGUAG